AUGAAUACUACACACUGUACGCUUACAUUUCAGCCUGUGCUGCUUAAUAUCACUGAGGACUUCAAUGACUCAAUCCUCCUCAACAACCGAAGCAGCAACGGAUUCUGUGAGCAAGUCUUCAUUAAAGCAGAAGUCUUCUUGACUUUAGGGAUCAUCAGCCUGCUGGAAAACAUCCUUGUCAUCCUCGCAGUGCUGAAGAAUGGAAAUCUACAUUCUCCCAUGUACUUUUUCCUCUGCAGCUUGGCAGUGGCAGACAUGCUAGUGAGCAUGUCAAAUGCCCUGGAAACUAUCAUGAUUGCAAUCCUAAGCAAUGGCUAUUUGGUUAUUGAUGACCACUUUAUCCAGCAUAUGGACAAUGUGUUUGACUCAAUGAUCUGUAUCUCCUUGGUAGCCUCCAUUUGCAACUUGUUGGUUAUAGCUAUUGACAGGUACAUUACUAUUUUCUAUGCUCUCCGUUACCACAGUAUUAUGACUGUGAGGAAAGCCUUAAUCCUCAUUGUGGUCAUUUGGAUUGCUUGCAUAAUCUGUGGCAUCAUCUUCAUUGUCUACUCAGAAAGCAAAACUGUUAUUGUCUGUCUCAUCACCAUGUUCUUCACCAUGCUUCUUCUCAUGGCCUCCCUUUAUGUUCACAUGUUCUUGUUUGCACGCCUGCAUGUUAAACGGAUUGCAGCCCUCCCAGUAGAUGGGGUGCCCCACCAGCGUACUUGCAUGAAGGGAGCUGUGACAAUCACCAUCCUACUUGGGGUCUUCAUUGUUUGCUGGGCACCUUUCUUCCUUCAUCUCAUUCUCAUUAUUUCUUGCCCAACAAACCCAUACUGUGUAUGCUACACUUCCCACUUUAACACAUAUCUUGUCCUGAUUAUGUGCAACUCCAUAAUUGACCCCCUCAUUUACGCUUUCCGGAGUCUGGAGAUGAGAAAGACAUUCAAAGAAAUAAUAUGUUGCUGUUAUGGCAUGAGUGUGGGACGAUGCAUGCUGUAA